UCGCGGUCCAACUUGCAAGCCCCAGUAAUUCCCAGCAUGUUGAAUCGAGGGCGUCAAAAGUCGGCGGGGGCGCCUCCUCCCGGCGGCCCCGCGCCCUGCUGUCAUCCUGAUUGCUACGUUCAAUCUGGCGCCAAACCCGACACCGGCGAGCGUGUAAAGAUCACGUGCACGAAUCCUGCGUGCACGUUUCUCGGGGCGGGGAUGCACGCGGCCUGCUUCGACAAGUGCGAGCAGGCGCUCGUCGGCUCGAUGCGCCACAGCGUGCACCUCUGGCUCACCAGACAGGUUAAGGACAUGAGCGACGACGAAAUCUGCAGUACACUGUGGACGUCCAACUACGACCGCCUUUGUCGUACACAGUGCAAGUGCCAGUGCGGCGCGGGGUUCUUCAAGUGCGUGACACAGAAAAGCGAGAGCUCCGCCGGCGUCGGUCAUAAGACCCGCGCCGCGCCCACCGAGGUCGUCCGCUUCCACACGGAGGUUGCGGCGGCGGCAGAGGCGGGCGGCGGCGGCGGCGCGGGCGGCGGCGGGGAGCGGGCGGCGGCGGUGGAGAGCGCGGACGAUCGGCGGCGGAACCGCGCGCUCGCGGCGCUGCAGGAGCAGGAGGCCGAGGAGGAGGACGCGCGCAAGGAGGCCCGGCGUCUCAAGGCGGAAACAAAAGAGCCCGGCAAAAGGGGAAAAGCCCUAACAGGGGCAAAGCUCGCCGCGGACCGAAAGGCUAAGGCGGACGCCCUCCGCGAGCGGCUCGCCCUCAAGCAGGCCGAAAAGGUGGCGGCGAGUGCGCUCAAGCACACGCCGCCUGCGCUGGAGGUGCAGCGGCUCUGGCGCGG